AAUUUCUCUAGUUAAUAAUUAUUAUUUUUUUCUUUUCCGAAUUCGAACAAAUUUUCGUAGAGAGGAACGAUGAGUGCGGACGAAGGCAAAGCGAAGCCCAGCGUGUACGAGCAUCUGAUGCAUCACAGCAUCAAGCGUCAGUUCGAGCGGAAUGGCACAAUGUCGGCCCUGCGCAGUGGAGUGCAUGUGAAAGUCCUCAAGAUGAUCAAGACGAAUCUAGGCGGCAGCAAAGAUGAGCCUUUGGCGGGGCCUGGGGUAGCCCUAGGCCAUGAUUCAUUCAAGGAGAAUGGUCUAUCGAGUCUCAUCAACCAACUGAUGAUGGAGUACUUUGAAUGGUUCGGCUAUAGGCAUACAAUGGAAACAUUUAAGAUGGAGACGGGUGAGAAGAUCCUACCACGCCAGGAGAUCGAAGAGCGACUGGCCGGGAAAUUCCAAUUGAAGGAUGUUCCCAUUUUGGUGCAAUUAGUAUUACGAAAUCAGGAUAGUCCUCCGAAGAAGAACUUAAAAGUGACCCCAAAGAAGAUUGUGAAGCUCCCACUGCCAGUAGCAAAGAAGACGAUGAAGCGCCAACUGCCAGAGAAAGCCAUGAGGCACCUAAUUCCAGAGAAGUCCGUGAAGCAGCAGCUGUCAGAGAAAUCCGUAAAGCAGAAACUGCCAGAGAAGUCCGGGAAGCCCAAACUAGCAGAGAAGCCCGUGAAGCAGCAACUGCCAGACAAGUCCGGAAAGCAGCAACUGCCAGAGAUUUCUGGACGCAAGAUCCAACUCCCCGAGAUAUCUGGACGUAGGCUACAACUCCCUGAGAAUUCCAUACCCGAACGUUGCCCCAAACUGAAGGAAAAGCUCGAGACUCUGCGAACCCUGAAGGAAACGGCCAAAACGGAUUGGAAUAUUCCUGUUUCGAAAUUGGUGCAAAACAAUCGAAAACUCACUCAAGGCCAGAUCAAAAAGCCCGACACCGUUGUCAAGACUCAAAUGAAAGAGAAUCAAAAGGCAUCUUUUGCAACUCCUCGAAAGGAGACGCCGGAGAGUAGGCCCCCCGUCAAUAGCUCAGAGUCGGAUGAGCUUCCCAGCUACGAUGAGCAUAGCGAUGCCUCAUCCGAUAUACCCGAUAGGCACUACUACGUCGAGGAGGAGCCACCGGAGGUCAGCUACGCCCCAGGACAUGGCGAAGAGGGGCCCUACAUUGACAAGCAGAACAAGGCCGAGACGCUCUACCAGCAGUAUCAGGAUGAGAAACCUAUCGACACAUCGAAAGGGAUGAACAAACAGAAAUCGAUAGCUUCCAAGCAUCCGCCAUCGAAAAAAUCAGCGCUAACAACCAUCAAGAAAUCAGCCAUCAAAAGUAAGGCUUUCGAUGUUCCCGAGUUUAUUGUCACGAUGACAUCAAGGAACAAAGCCCGCGACGGCCUGGAUCUGAACAAAUCGAUGAGCUGCAAGAACAGAUCCCCUGGUCAGAGUACCCCCGGUAGGAGUCCGCUCUGGAACAAGAUGCCCGUCGAGGGGGACGAGCCCAGUCUGGCAGUGACCAAGCCCCAGUGUCCGGAGACCCACAUCAAUGGCAUUGAUCUGGACAGCAGCUCAGAGAACAACGAGUCCAGCGAUGAGGAUGCUGCCGGAGAUGGUUACCACAACGACGACGACAAUACUAGCAGCGAUGAGGAUGAUUAAUUCCCAUGCAGAUGCCACAACACUGGAGACUCCUCUUUUAUACCAAAUUUUUAAAUUGUUCUUCUGGAUUUCAUUUUGGAUCUACGAUCAAAUUAAUAAAUUCGAAUGGUACAAA